CUUUACUGCCAUUUCUUCUUUCCUCUCACUUCAUUAACGCUCUCUCUCUGUAUCAGGCUUCGCUCUCUCGCGCUCUACCCUUCACUCUCUCUCUCUCUCUCUCUCUCUCUCUGGAUCUCUCCUAUGGCUUCCUGUUAUGUUAAUGCAUCCAUUUCAGGUGGAUCUCAUCUAAAGCCACAUGAACUUGCUUCUAAGAAGUCUGUUUCACUUGGCAAGAUACAACAGCUAAAUGUUCAAAGGAAAUCAAACCUAGUGGCAAUCAACCGCAAAUUUUCUGUUUCUGCUGAGUACCGUGAUGGGAAUAGAGGUGGAGGAAGUGAUUUUGUUGCUGGUUUCCUUCUUGGUGGUGCUGUGUUUGGGACACUGGCUUAUAUAUUUGCUCCACAGAUAAGAAGAUCCUUGUUAAAUGAAGAUGAAUAUGGAUUUCGGAAGGCCAAGCGUCCAAUAUAUUAUGAUGAAGGGUUAGAGAAAACCAGGCAGACCCUGAAUGCAAAAAUCAGCCAACUCAACUCAGCCAUUGACAAUGUAUCUUCCCGUUUGAGAGGUGGAGGCAAUAAUGCACCUACUGUACCUGUUGAAACUGACCCGGAAGUGGAGGCUACCAUGUGAGAUUUGUUUCAGUUGCUUCAUUUUUAUAGGCACUGUUUUCAGAAGUGGAUGGAUACUUCAUCAUUUUUUUUUAUUGGAGCUUUUUGGUUGGUUAAUCCCCCAAGUUUUCACUAUAAUACAUAGCCUAGUUUGAAGCUUUUGAAUAUUGGAUAAUAAGUAGAUGUUUGGCAAUAGAUCAGGACUAUUUUAUC